AUGCCCCGAGACGUUAGAACGCGCUGGAAUUCCACCUACGACAUGCUCAGCUUUUCACUUCAGUACAGAAAAGCUAUAGAACACGUUACCUCGGAUCUCAAGAACGACUUGCGAAAGUAUGAACUCACGGACACAGAGUGGAUAAUAGCAAGCGAGCUCACGAAGACGUUGCAGGUGACGUGUUGUUUUCAGUCUCACAGUCACACAACCAUUCCCAUCCCACGCUUUGGCUCAUUCCUCACUUGUUCCUCACGUGGCUGGGUACCCACGGGUUUACCUGUGCUAUUGCCUAAACUCAAGGCCAUGUUGGACGAGGAGUGGAUGAUAAGGAGGAACAAGUCAUGUGUAAUGCAUGUGACAUCUCAUCUCGGUACCCGCACCUCUUCUCCGAACUUAUGCAUCCCUGCCCCUCUCUUAAUGCUUAUGCGUCCAAUACCCAGUGGACAUUUCACAUUCCUUACCUAUCAUUCCCUCUCACCAUGUGCUCCAUUCCCUCAGCCUUAG